CUUUAAUUAUGACCGAGUGACGCGUCGUUCCUGCUCGUAGACGAUCUUUGUUACAAAAAUGGCUGCGCGCAUGUGAAUGUCAUGCCAUCUUACACUAUUCCCUGAAUCGGUUCGUGUUUUGGUGCGAUUUAGUUGAUACGCUGAAGCCGACAUCUAAAUUACAUCUUGCGGAAGUGUGUUGUCACUCACCCUCAGACAGCUAAAGAUCAGGGAAUCCAUAACCUGCUUGAUUCAAGCUCUCGAUGUUAGCAUUGUAGCUAACUAUAACAUUGCGUGAGUCAACUUAAGACGGAAUCACGAUGGAUACUGACCAGCAACUGAGAAAUCUGCGGGAUUUCCUAAUGGUUUACAACCGCAUGACUGAAACUUGCUUCCAGCGAUGCAGCAGCAACUUCAACUACAGAAACCUCACCAUGGACGAGGAGAAAUGUGUGGACAACUGCGCGGGGAAGCUGAUUCGCACUAACCACCGCCUGAUGGGCACCUACGUGCAGCUGAUGCCUCGGAUGGUGCAGCGUCGGAUGGAGGAGAUGGAGAGCAAGGCAGCAGAAAGUGCCAAGGCAGCAGAGGCUGCCGCAUCUGCACGUGUGGAGCCUCCUGCCGCCGAGGCCUCACCAGCAUCUCAUACCCCCGUCAGCUUCUCUCAGCCGCCACCAGCAGCUCCGCUGUCGGAUCAACCUUUUACCCCAAUGACGAUUGAUGAUGCUGGACCAGUCUUAAAGCCAGUAGGAUUGAGUAUUCCAGUUGAGCUUGACGCUGCCAUGUGCAAUUCCAGAACGGUGUCAGAAGUCAAGUUCUCAGCCGCCACACCGCUCACACCUGUGAUUGAAACAGCGAACAGUGCUUAAUGAAGCUGGACCAUCUUAUAGAGCAGGCUUACCUCUGCCGCCAAUAGCUGGUGCCCGAAUUGAGUCUGGGAUCUCAGCGCCUCUAUUUACGCCGUCUAAACCAGAUGUGUCAACAGUAGCUGCACCUACAGUGUCUAAGUCCAUGGAAAGCCUGUCAGGCCAACAGACGGCCCCAGAGGUUACCCCGCCGUCGGGCCAGUAAUGAUGGCCGGACUGGGUGUGCCUCCGGAGGUUAAACCGUAGUGAUGUGGCCUAAACCCAAAUGUGACAUUCGCUGUAUUGCUGAAAAUAAUUACUGAUUAAUAGAUUGACCUGAAUUAUACAAUAGCAUUUCAGCUAUUGUUACAUAUGAACUCUUCAUGUCAUAUAGUCUUUUUCUGAGUGUAUUCUCUCAAAUGUGAACAGUUGAUGCUUUCAGGUUUGUCUCUGUUUGAAGUCACUGUUGACCAAUGAAAAUAAUCUUAGAUUACAGCUUUAGUGCCCUCUGACAGGGAAAUAAAAUGAACCCCUAUGGUGACAAAACAUAGUCAAGCAUGUCACUCUUGAUAAUAAUAAUAAUAUCUAGUUAUUUCUGACAGUAUUGCAAAGUGCCAGAAAUGUUAACAAAAACAAAUAUGCAGACAUUACAAUCUUAGUUGUAAAUGUUUUGUGAUAAGCGGCAAAACAAGAAGGAAGUUCUUGUGAGUGUAGUAUGUAUGUGUGUGUGUGUGUGUGCUAUGUCAGUUGAAAAAUGGUUUAGUGAUGGCAGUGACAUUGCCGAUCAAAGCUCCAUAAGGAUCAAUCCCCGAGCUGCCUCCUUUAUUGUAGAGCUUGAUUAUAUUUUGACUUCAGUCUGGACUUACAGCAGCCCGGAGGGCUCAAUCUGAGGACACCCUGAACACACUCAUUUCUAAAAACUGUUUGAAAGAUCAUUUUCCAUAAUAAAAAAAAAAGUGUCUAUUGUUUUUGUCAUGUAUUUAAUUUGAAUGUUCCAUUGACCGCCUCUUGUAAGGUCCUGCUGCUGCUGGAUGUCCUAACGCAGCAGUGGUCAGUGCGUAUCAUGCCAACGCACUGUUUUGGGUGUGAGUCCAGUUCAUGACCUUAGUCACAUAUCAUCACCUCCCAUAAUUUCCUGUCUUUCCACUAAACGUGUUC